AUUGUGAAUAUCUAUUUCUCGAAUUUUAUAAUGAAAUCAUAUAAUAUACACGAUGAAUUGUUUUGUCUGUUUCUUUCUUUAUUUAGGAGGCCAGUCAAAUGGCACAUCGAGCCAAUCUGAGACAGAUUCUACCAACACAACUAUAUUUGUUGGAGGACUCGACCCUAAUGUUACAGAUGAAGAUCUUAGGCAGACAUUCUCCGAGUAUGGUGAGAUAACCUCUGUUAAGAUACCUGUUGGAAAGGGCUGUGGUUUUGUUCAAUUUGCAAACAGAAAUAAUGCUGAAGAGGCUUUGCAGAAGCUUAAUGGGACAAUGAUUGGCAAGCAAACAGUCCGUCUUUCUUGGGGCCGCAAUCCUGCAAAUAAACAGUUUAGGUUUGACUUCGGAAGCUGGCCCGGGCCAUAUUUUCCAUCCCCUAUUUAUGAUGGAUACGGAUAUAUGCCUUCUCCUCAUCAUGAUCCAAGCACGUAUCCUCUCGCUUAUGGGGGUUACCCUAUUUAUGGAGGUCACCAACAACAAGUAAGCUGAUUUGCAGGAGGAGCAGUCACAACAAGUUACAGCACUAUCACUCUUGAAGGAGAAAACUAUUAUGUAACUUGUUUUAUCUGUCUGAGUUCUCAAGAAUCCCUCCUAAUUGUGGAGUGGAGUUGAAUUUUGAUUACAUGAGGUAGAACUGUAGGGAUUCAAUUAAUCGUUAUUUUAGACUUGUAGGAGUAAUGGUUAUUGAGGAAUUUGGAACUUAAUUAUGGCAAUAAUUAUCUUAAGAAUGACAGCGUGCGUGCUUGAUUGAAAUCUUUUGAUCCGCACCAUUGACAAUUGUUUGA